AUGUCCUGCGCGUCCGACAACGUCUUGACGACCUGCGCGGCCUGCGACGCGGGCGUACCCUGCCUGCGCUACUCGACCGCGUCGACCUGCGCGCCCGUGCGGGGCGGCGUCUGCGUCAGCCCGGCCGGCGACUGCCCGUACCAGUGCUACCCGAGCGCCAUCUCGAACGGCGUGUGGCAGUUCACGUACAAGAACGACCCCAAGACCACGGACGUUGGCGGCUACGGGCCCAUCGGGCCCAUCAAGAACUACACCGUUCCAAGCAGCGUGAGGUACGAGCGCGCGCUCGUUAUCCCAAACGACAACAUGCCUCGUAGCGCGGUCAAGGUCAGCGGCGGCCCGAACGCCGGCGUGGGCGGCAACCCGCUCAAGAGCAUCUCGCCAUGGGACCCUGCCUUCCUCGGCAGCUCCGUCACGACGCUCUCGCUGGAGGGCCUCAACCUCAUGAGCUCGUACCCGACCGUGCCGGCAACCGUGACGGACGUGACCAUAUCCAAUUGCCAGCUGACAGCGAUCCCUGCGUGGGCACUGCCGUCGUCGCUCGCAGUCCUCGCCCUCCCCAACAACAAGCUCGAGACGCUCCCGGCGAUCGGCUCGUCGCUCUACGACAAGCUUGCGAACCUCAAAAACUUGGACCUCAGCCGCAACGCGCUCUCGACCUUUGACCUGCAGCUCAAGAACCUCAAAGCCCUCGAUCUCUCCAACAACCAGUUCACGACGAUUCCAAGUGCAGUCUACAGCCUCUCCGGCCUCGCAAGCCUCAACCUCGACGGCAACCCGCUCUCCGGGGCCAUCUCGAAAGAUCAGUUUACGAUUCUCAAUGCCAUCCCAACGCUCAAGCUCCCGGCCGUCGCUGGCAGCUGCCCGUCGUCGUCCGGGCUCCAAACAACGACCACGUCGGGCAACAGCAUCUGCGUUGUCGGCGCGUCGUCGUCGUCGUCCACCGGGCUCAUCGUCGGUAUCGUGGCCGGCGUGGCCGUCCUGCUCGCAGCCAUCGGCGGCUUCUUCUGGUACCGCAAGCGCCACGCCGCCGCAGAUACGGUGCCAGAAACGACCUUUAACGAUUUCGAACCGUCGUACCCGCUCCCUGGGAGCCGGCGACGACAGCCCACCGACUUGGACCUGCGCGGGUCGUCGGCGUCGACGAACCCGAGCAAGACGACGCUCGCGCGCGGUCGCGGCAGCAGCAACAACGUCAUGAGCAACAACUCGCCGGUCUACAAAGACCUCCUGCUGCAGACGCGGAGCAACCCGACGCACCAGCGGUCGUCGAUCGUGCUGCAGUCGGCGCUCAACCCGGCCAUUGUGACGCUCGAUGAAAACGAUAUGGUCUACACGCGCACGCUCGGGAAAGGCGCCAAGGGCGUCGUGUGGCUCGCGAGCUACGCGGGGGACGUGGUCGCGGUCAAGAAGAUGGUGCAAACGGCGCCGGACGCCGACCGCCAAGAGGCCCUUUGCAACCUCGUGGCCGAAGCGAACCUGCUCUUGACGCUGCGCCACGCCCACAUCAUCCAGCUCAUUGGCGUCGUGACCGAUCGCGUCAACGAGAUCGCGGUCGUCCUCGAGUACAUGGACCUCGGCGAUCUUCGCGAGAUGCUCAUGAAGAAGAAGCCGUCGCCGACCUUUGAUUGGCAGAGCCUCAAGGGCACGUACGCGCUCCACGUAGCGAAAGGCUUGGCGUACCUCCACGGCAAGAACCCGCCGCUCAUCCACCGCGACAUCAAGGCCCGCAACAUCCUCGUCGACUCGCAGAAGGGCGCGAAGAUCUGCGACUUUGGCGAGUCCCGUCUCCGGUCGUACCAGGAAACCAUGACGUCCAACGUCGGGACCGCGCGCUGGAUCGCACCCGAGGUGUUGCUCAACGACGACUAUAGCGAGAAAGCCGACAUUUACUCGUUUGGCGUGCUCCUCUCGGAGCUCGAUACGCACGACGUGCCGUACAGCGACGUUAAUUUGGACGAGCGCGUCAUCGUGCAGCGUGUCGCCGUCGGCCAGCUCCGCCCCAAGUUUUCGGCCAACUGCCCCGAGAAGCUGCGCCGACUCGCGAACCACUGCAUGCAAGCCGACCCGGCACUGCGCCCGGACGCCAAUAAGAUCGCUGCGAGCCUCGCAGACCUUCUCGAGUCGUACUAGCCACGGACGCGCUGAACAUCUUAUAUAUACCAGUAUUCCACCAC